CGGGGCGAGGCGGCGCAUCCCCGGGAUGGAAGGGCCUGGAGCUUCGAUGCCGCUGGGCCUGGGCAGCCCGUGUGAAUGGUGGUCGGCUUCGGUCCUGAGAGUUGGGACCAUACUUCUCCGCGCGAAGGGAAACUCUGGCGGCUCCGCCUGUAACGCGAUUGGGAGACAGAGGAGGUGGAGCUGCUCCUCCGCGCCCCCUCCUCGCCAACGCCGCCGCAGCCGCCUCAGCCCGGGACCGGCCGGCCUCUUCCCCGCCCUCCCAGGACCACUGGUGGGGUCCUUGCUCUGGUCGGGGAGGAGGGAGGAGGGUCGGGGAAAAGUCGACGGGGAGGUCGAGGCUUCCCCUACGUAGUAACAGCCCUUCCAGGCUGCGCUCGGCGCAACUGACAAAAGGCAGCCUGUGAUCCCCCUGCCACGCACCCCCAGAGGGGAAGCCCCAGCCCCCCAUCCGCCGUAUAUAUACUGACGGUGGGUGACUGAUGAGCACUCCUUGAGUCCUCACCGGUAAAUGGUGGACCCUCACCCCCACCCCCACCCCACCUCGACACAAACAACAGGGUAAGCACUGUGCACUCUUGCGCUGUCAAUUAGUAACUUCUCUUGGGUGGACCCUGGGAGCAGAGCGAGGGCAGAAAGGAAAGGCCGGUUUCCCACUCUAAUCCCCGCGACUCGGUAAAUGAGGGCUGGGAUAUGAACCCUCUCCCAGUUUGAAGGGCAGAGUUUAUAAGCCCUCUUGGUUGGUGAGGACAGCCCCAGGAGGGCGGGGAGAGGUGCUUGCUCUUUGCAGACAGAAGUUAGGCAGCCUUGGGCCCUGCUGAAGCGGUCCAGAGAAAGGUGGGCCCAGAAGAGCUAGGCUUUGGCUGUGACUCUGGCUGGGGUUUGAGAUCUGGGGAAUGGGCAAGAGAUCCUAGCUGUGUAAGUUGGGGACCUGAGGCCCAGCUCCAAACCAGCCUUUUCAGCCUGCUCUGGCCUCGUCAUUAAUAAAAGUGGGGCUGACCCUGUGUCAUCCUUCAAGAAGCCAGGUGGCUUGGAGAGGAUUGUGGGUUCCAUAUCUCCCCUGUUGGCUGGGUUUUCUUGGCUGUGAAAUGAGGGUUCUUUCAACAUGUAAGGAGCACCUGCUCUGUGCUAACGUUUGUCCUGGUUACUGGAGCCUCUGAAUCAAAAGUCACAUUCCCUGCCUUUAAGGAGUUUCAAGAGUGGGAGUGUGGAACAAGGAGAAGAGUGGCCUUGGUUGGUGCCUCUAAUGCCAGGCACACACCAUAUCACGUUUAAUGGUCAGAGCAGUCCCGCCUCCCAUUCUCCAGAUAGGAAACCUGAAGCUUAGAGAGCCCAAGGCAGAGCUGCAAUAUACACGAGGGUGGUGGCUGGGGAUGUCCACUGGCCAUGUGUAGUGGGCUCCUCAGGAGCAUGAGGGGACAGGGAAGCCUUCCCUGGGAGGUGAUGGUUGGGCACCAGAGUUAAUGGGAUAGAGAGGGAGUGGGCACGGAGGAGUGUGAAACAGCCUGCAGUUCAGGCUGGCAGGAACGAAGAGCAUGUGCGGGGGAGCACUGGCAUGGAUCGCACAGGAGAGCAUGUGGACUGGAGGGCUUGACCUUUAUACUCCAGCCCCUGGGGUGCCCCAAAGACUCUGGAAGGAGGGAUGUACUCCGAUACAUCGCUUGAAGUUCCCCUGAGGUGGGAGGGGGUAAGCUGGAGGGGCUGGGAGCUGCUCUAUGGCCGGUGGCAGAGGUUAAGUGAAAUAUGUGCCCUUCUUCUUUUUGUCCUCCUCCUACCCAUGGUAUGUGGGGAAGGGCGAGGGUUGCUCGGCCCUGUGGCAGUGAUUGAAGAAGCCUGACACUUUUCCCAGCGUGAGUCGGUCUCCAGUAUCCUAUGUGGCCUUGCCAGGAGCUGUUCUGAUCCUGCCCAUCCGCUUCCUGUGGGCCACUCGACCCAGCUGGGAUUUUACAUUUAGGGAUUGUCCUGGUUGCUGCCCUUUGAGGGCUGGAGAACUUUGGCUUGAAGUAGGCGCUGAGCAAAUGUUUGUAAGCGAAUGCUGGGUCAGACCCUCUGCCCAAGGCACAUCCCUAGGCGGGAGGUGGUAGGAGGGACUGAGCAGUGGCUGAGCAUGGGAGAUGGCCUCUGCCCAUCCUCAGGCAGACCCUGUCUUCCCAGAGGAAGAAACUUUCUCCCCCCAUCCCUUGGAAACAAGGUGGGGGGUUCCUGGGAAGCCUGGCCUUGCCACAGUCCUGGGCUUCUCGCCGGGUUCACGACUCUCCCUGCCGGCCCCCUCCUCCUACCCCCUCAGUGGCAAACAGAGGCUGCCUUGUUCCUGCUCCCAUAGAGCUGCCCUGUUCUCUGCACACUAAAAAUGGAAACCCCCAAGCUAUUUUGGGAGCACUGCCCAGCCAGGCCGUGGCCACAGUACUCUGCUUCCACCGGGCUGCUGGACCCUCCUCCAAGCCUUACGCCCAGCCCUGCUCACUCUGGGCCAGCCUCAGGAGCACCCUGCCGGGAGCCUUGGCUGGAAGGAGCCAACCUGGACCCUGGGAAGCUCUGGGAACAGAGUGAACAGGCAGACUGGCAGCUGGAUGGUGGGAGGGGCUGGGCCAUGCCGCCUGGGCACAGGCAAGUAGGGGAAGUGUCUCAGCUUGGGAUGCAUGCCCUGUCCUCUGUGCUUUACCAAUCUUGGUGCUCCUGGCUGGAGACCAUCCAGGUCUGGGAAAGGUGGCUGGUCUCACCUGGCUUCAGGUGGAGCCUGCAAGGAUGGGUCUGUGAGGAGAGCAGGCACUCAAGGUCUGCGAAGGUCCUGGGGAUGUGGGGCACAUCUAGUAUGGUGACUUCCUUUAGGACAAUCCCCCCUGCCCCCCACCCUCCAGCCCUGCUCUGCUCUGCCCUGCAGGAGAGGAGAUAGCAAGAGAUGGCCUGGCUUCUGCAGCCCUCUAGGACUUAGGGCUCAAACCAGGGAAGUGUGCGUGAGUCUGUGUGUGUGGGGUCUGAAAGUGGGUGGUGGUGUGUAUGUCUUGGGUGGGUGGGUGCAUGUGAUGUGCCUGUGUGGAGUGCAUGUUUCUUUGUGUAAAAAGUUUGUCUCUGUGGACGUGUCUUUGUGCAGGUGUCUAAGUGCAGGUGGGUAGCGUGUCUGUGUGGGACGUUUGCCUGUAUUUCUGGGUAUGUGUCUCUGUGCGCUAUGCACAGGCAGUAUGUGCAUGCAUCUGUGUGUGUGCUCGUGCUCAUGUGUUUGUGUGUGGGUGUGUGCAUCCAGGGUGGGUGGUAUGUAUGCUUCUUGGUGUGUGCGAGCAUGUGUCUGCUUAUGUGCUGGUGGUGGUUUGGGCCUAGGCUAGCCCCGGGCCUGUGUGGAGGGUAUGUACCAGGGUACCCUGAUAGGGGAGAGUUUGGGCAGAGGAUGAGGAUGGGAGAGUGCCGAGAACGGGCUGCAGGGGGCACAGGACUAAAGUGGGGGCCUGACUGGGCCCUGCCAGCCGUGCAGCUCCUUCCUAGCUGCCCUUUCCCAGGCCCUGAGGGUGCUUGGUUCUGCUGCCCUCCCCCUCUCUGUGGGCUCUGAGGAGGCGUCCCUGUGGAAUGUGUUUGGUGGCCGAGGGCCAGGCUGGGCCCAGCUCCACCAGCAGACUGGGCAGCCGGGAGAGGUGACUCUCACACGGGGCAUGCUGUUGUCUCCUGAUCCAGCUGGCCUUGCCAGGUGACCAUGCCUGCCCUCGGCCCAGCUCUUCUCCAGGCACUCUGGGCCGGGUGGGUCCUCACCCUCCAGCCCCCUCCACCGACUGCUUUCACUCCCAAUGGUACGCAUCUGCAGCACCUGGCGCGGGAUCCCACCUCAGGCACCCUCUACCUAGGAGCCACCAACUUCCUGUUCCAGCUGAGCCCUGAACUGCAGCUGGAGGCCACUGUGUCCACUGGCCCUGUGCUAGACAGCAGGGACUGUCUGCCACCUGUGACACCUGAUGAGUGCCCUCAGGCCCAGCCCACCAACAACCCAAACCAGCUGCUCCUGGUGAGCCCUGGGGCCCUGGUGGUGUGUGGCAGUGUGCACCAGGGGGUCUGUGAACAGCGGCGCCUGGGGCAGCUCGGGCAGCUGUUGCUGCGGCCAGAGCGACCUGGGGACACCCAGUAUGUGGCUGCCAACGACCCUGCCGUCACCACGGUGGGACUGGUGGCCCAGGGCUUGGCUGGGGAGCCCCUCCUCUUUGUGGGGCGGGGCUACACCAGCAGGGGUGUGGGGGGAGGCAUCCCUCCCAUCACUACCCGCGCCUUAAGGCCGCUGGACCCCCAGGCUGCCUUCUCUUACGAGGAGACGGCCAAGCUAGCUGUGGGCCGCCUCUCCGAGUACAGCCACCACUUUGUGAGCGCCUUUGCACGCGGGGCCAGUGCCUACUUCCUGUUUCUCCGGCGGGACCUGCAGGCUCAGUCUCGAGCUUUCCGUGCCUAUGUGUCCCGUGUGUGCCUCCGGGACCAGCACUACUACUCCUACGUGGAGUUGCCUCUGGCCUGUCAGGGGAGCCGCUACGGGCUGAUCCAGGCUGCAGCUGUCGCCAUGUCCGCGGAGGUGGCCCAGGGGGAGGUGCUCUUUGCAGCCUUCUCCUCGGCCGCUCCCCCCACUGUGGGCCGGCCCCCGUUGGCAGCUGCCGGGGCAUCUGGAGCCUCUGCCCUCUGUGCCUUCCCUCUGGAUGAGGUGGAUCGCCUUGCUAAUCGCACACGUGAUGCCUGCUACACUCGGGAGGGCCGCGCUGAGGAUGGGGCCGAGGUGGCCUACAUUGAGUAUGAUGUCAAUUCCGACUGUGCUCAGCUGCCCGUGGACACCCUGGAUGCUUACCCUUGUGGCUCAGACCACACGCCCAGCCCCAUGGCCAGCCGUGUCCCCCUGGAAGCCACGCCAGUUCUGGAGUGGCCAGGGGUUCAGCUAACAGCCGUGGCGAUCACUGUGGAAGAUGGACACACCAUUGCUUUCCUGGGUGACAGUCAAGGGCAGCUGCAUAAGGUCUACUUGGGCCCAGGGAGUGAUGGCCACCCGUACUCCACACGGAUCAUCCAGCAGGGGUCUGCGGUGAGCAGAGACCUCAUCUUUGAUGGGGCCUUCGAGCACCUGUACGUCAUGACCCAGAGCACGCUUCUCAAGGUUCCUGUGGCCUCCUGUGCUCAGCACCUGGACUGUGCAUCUUGCCUGGCUCACAGGGACCCGUACUGUGGGUGGUGUGUGCUCCUCGGCAGGUGCAGUCGCCAUUCCGAGUGCUCUCGGGGCCAGGGCUUAGAGCGGUGGCUGUGGAGCUUCCAGCCUGAGGUGGGCUGUCUGCAAGUGGCAACCUUGAGUCCUGCUAACAUCAGCCGUGAGGAGAGGAGGGAGGUUUUCUUGUCGGUACCCGAUCUGCCACCCCUGUGGCCAGGGGAGUCUUAUUCCUGCCACUUUGGGGAAUACCAGAGUCCUGCCCUGCUGACCAGUUCUGGUGUGAUGUGCCCCUCCCCAGACCCUAGUGAGGCUCCAGAGCUGCCGAGAGAAGCUGACCACGUCUCCGUGAGCCUGGAGCUCAGGUUUGGCACCGUCGUGAUUGCCGAGGCUUCCCUCUCCUUCUAUGACUGCAUGGCCGUCACCUUGCUCCGCCCGUCUGCACAGUGCCAGGCCUGCGUGAGAAGCCUCUGGGGGUGUAACUGGUGCGUCUGGCAGCACCUGUGCACGCACAAGGCCUUAUGUGAUGCUGGGCCCAUGGUGGUCAGCCGACAGAGCCCGCCCCUCUCCCCAGCCCCUCCUGCAAGAGACGCACCCACCUCCUUCCCACCCACAGCCCCCAGGGCCACGGUCGCCCUGACUCCUGACGCCCUUCCUGUGGACACUCCUUCCACAGCCACAGCCUUGGAUGUCCCCCCCGGGGCCAGGCCUUCCCUGCUCAGCCCCCGGGGGCCGUGGGCAGGUCCCGGCCCCACACCUGCCUCGGCUUCCACGGGCUCACCUCUCCACAAGGCCCCUCCUCCUCCCAGCCCCCGCCAGAGGCCUGGAACCGCUGUCCCUGCCCCUACAGCCUUCGGACCCAUGGCCACUGCCGAGGACCUCUUGGCCUCCCACCCAUCGCCCUCAGAUGCAGCAGCACUGCCCCCCGCCCUUGCAGAGCCUGGCCCCGAGGCUCUCCCCUCUGCGGUACCCCUGGACCAGCCCCCCAGCACGGCUCCCGCCACCACUUUCCCAGGGGCCGCUGGCUCCACGAAGCCUGCUCUGGACUGGCUCAUGAGAGAAGGCGGCGAGCUGCCCGAGGCGGAUGAGUGGACAGGGGGUGACACGCCCGCCUUCUCCACUUCCACCCUCCUCUCAGGUGAUGGAGACUCUGCUGAGCACGAGGGCCCUCCCGCCCCCCUCAUCCUCCUGUCCAGCCUUGACUACCAGUACGACACCCCUGGGCUCUGGGAGCUGGAGGAGAUGACCUUGGGGGCAGGCUCCUGCCCUUGUGUGGAGAGUGUGCAGGGCUCCAGCCUGAUGCCGGUCCACGUGCAGCGAGAAGUGCGACUGCUGGGCAGGAACCUGCGCCUCUUCCAGGACAGCCCAGGCGACCAUGAGUGUGUGAUGGAGCUGGAGGGCCACGAGGUGGUGGUUGAGGCCCGGGUCGAAUGCGAGCUGCCUCCAGAUACCCGGUGCCAUGUCACCUGCCAGCAGCACCAGCUCAGCUAUGAGGCUCUACAGCCAGAGCUCCGCGUGGGGCUGUUUCUGCGUCGGGCUGGCCAUCUGCGUGUGGACAGUGUGGAUGGGCUGCACGUGGUGCUGUAUGAUUGUUCCGUGGGACACGAGGACUGCAGCCGCUGCCAAACUGCCAUGCCCCAGUACGGCUGUGUGUGGUGCAAGGGGAAGCAUCCACGCUGUGUGGCCCAGGAGGCCUGUGGCGAGGCUGAGGCUGUGGUCACCCAGUGCCCAGCACCCCUCAUCCACUCGGUGGAGCCACUGACUGGGCCUGUAGACGGAGGCACCCGUGUCACCAUCAGGGGCUCCAACCUGGGCCAACACGUGCAGGACGUGCAGGACACGGUCAGGGUGGCUGGAGUGCCCUGUGCUGUGGACGCUCAGGAGUACGAGGUGUCCAGCAGCCUUGUGUGUAUCACUGGGGCCAGCGGGGAGGAGGUGGCAGGCGCUGUGACGGUGGAGGUGCCAGGAAGAGGACGCGGCGUCUCAGAGCAUGACUUUGCCUACCAGGACCCAAAGGUGCAUUCCAUCUUCCCGGCCCGAGGCCCCAGAGCCGGGGGCACCAACCUCACCGUGCAUGGCUCCAAGCUUCUGACCGGGCGGCUGGAGGACAUCCGAGUGGUAGUUGGAGACCAGCCUUGUCACCUGCUGCUGGAGCAGCAGGCGGAGCAACUGCGGUGUGAGACCAGCCCACACCCCACGCCUGCCACACUCCCCGUGGCUGUGUGGUUUGGGGCUGCUGAGCGGAGGCUUCAUCACAGCCAGUUCGAGUACACAUCAGAUCCCAAUGUCACCUCUGCUGGCCCCGCCAAGAGCUUCCUCAGUGGAGGACGUGAGAUAUGGGUCCGUGGCCAGAAUUUGGACGUGGUGCAGACACCAAGAAUCCGAGUGACUGUGGCCACGAGAGCGCCAGGACCAGGCCAGGGGCUUGGGUGGAGGCACCGCGUGAUCCCAGAGACGGCGUGCUCCCCCGGAGCCUCCUGUGGCGGCCUGCACUUUGAGGAGCCUUGCCACGUGAACAACUCCCAGCUCAUCACGUGCCGCACACCGGCCCUCCCAGGCCUGCCUGAGGACCCCUGGGUCCGUGUGGAAUUCAUCCUUGAAAACCUGGUCUUUGACUUUGCAACACUGAACCCCACACCCUUCUCCUAUGAGGCCGACCCCACUCUGCAGCCGCUCAACCCCGAGGACCCCACCGCACCAUUCCGGCACAAGCCUGGGAGUGUGCUCUCUGUGGAGGGGGAGAAUCUGGACCUUGCAAUGUCCAAGGAGGAGGUGGUGGCCAUGAUAGGGGACGGCCCCUGCAUGGUGAAGACGCUGACCCGGCACCACCUGUACUGCGAGCCCCCCGUGGAGCAGCCCCUACCCCGGCACCAUGCCCUCCGGGAGGUGCCUGAUGCUUUGCCUGAGUUCACGGUGCAGAUGGGGAACCUACGCUUCUCCUUGGGCCACGUGCAGUACGAUGGCGAGAGCCCUGUGGCUUUCCCCAUGGCAGCCCAGGUGGGCUUGGGGGUGGGCACCUCUCUUCUGGCUCUGGGUGUCAUCAUCAUUGUCCUCAUGUACAGGAGGAAGAGCAAGCAGGCUCUGAGGGACUAUAAGAAGGUGCAGAUCCAGCUGGAGAAUCUGGAGAGCAGCGUGCGGGACCGCUGCAAGAAGGAGUUCACAGACCUUAUGACCGAGAUGACCGAUCUUACCAGUGACCUUCUGGGCAGCGGCAUCCCCUUCCUCGACUACAAGGUGUAUGCCGAGAGGGUCUUCUUCCCUGGGCACCAGGAGUCACCCUUGCACCGGGACUUGGGCGUGCCUGAGAGCAGGCGACCCACUGUGGAACAAGGGCUGGGGCAGCUCUCCAACCUGCUUAACAGCAAGCUCUUCCUCAUCAAGUUCAUCCACACCCUGGAGAGCCAGCGCACCUUCUCAGCUCGGGACCGCGCCUACGUGGCAUCUCUGCUCACCGUGGCACUGCACGGGAAGCUUGAGUACUUCACUGACAUCCUGCGCACCCUGCUCAGUGACCUGGUGGCCCAGUACGUGGCCAAGAACCCCAAGCUGAUGCUGCGCAGGACAGAGACCGUGGUGGAGAAGCUGCUCACCAACUGGAUGUCUAUCUGCCUCUACACUUUCGUGAGGGACUCGGUAGGGGAGCCUCUGUACAUGCUUUUCCGUGGAAUUAAGCAUCAAGUGGACAAGGGGCCGGUAGACAGCGUGACUGGCAAAGCCAAAUACACCCUGAAUGACAACCGCCUGCUCCGAGAGGACGUGGAGUACCGUCCCCUGACCUUGAAUGCACUACUGGCUGUGGGGCCUGGAGCGGGAGAAGCCCAGGGCGUGCCUGUGAAGGUCCUGGACUGUGACACCAUCUCCCAGGCCAAGGAAAAGAUGUUGGACCAGCUUUAUAAAGGAGUGCCUCUUGCCCAGCGGCCAGACCCCCGCACCCUGGACGUCGAAUGGCGGUCUGGGGUGGCCGGGCAUCUCAUUCUUUCUGACGAGGACGUGACUUCUGAGGUCCAGGGUCUGUGGAGGCGCCUGAACACCCUGCAGCAUUAUAAGGUCCCAGACGGAGCAACUGUGGCCCUCGUCCCCUGCCUCACCAAGCAUGUCCUCCGGGAAAGCCAGGAUUACGUCCCUGGAGAGAGUCUUGGUACAGGGACCCCAAUGCUGGAGGAUGUGGACGAGGGGGGCAUCCGGCCCUGGCACCUGGUGAAGCCAAGCGAGGAGCCGGAGCCGCCCAGGCCUCGGAGGGGCAGCCUCCGGGGCGGGGAGCGGGAGCGAGCCAAGGCCAUCCCUGAGAUCUACCUGACCCGCCUGCUGUCCAUGAAGGGCACCCUGCAGAAGUUUGUGGAUGACCUGUUCCAGGUGAUUCUCAGCACCAGCCGUCCCGUGCCGCUCGCUGUGAAGUACUUCUUUGACCUGCUGGAUGAGCAGGCCCAGCAGCAUGGCAUCUCGGACCAGGACACCGUCCAUAUAUGGAAGACCAACAGCUUGCCGCUGAGGUUCUGGAUCAAUAUCAUAAAAAACCCGCAGUUUGUGUUCGACGUGCAGACAUCUGAUAACAUGGAUGCAGUGUUCCUGGUCAUUGCACAGACCUUCAUGGAUGCCUGCACCCUGGCUGACCACAAGCUGGGCCGGGACUCUCCCAUCAACAAACUUCUGUAUGCUCGGGAUAUUCCCCGGUACAAACGGAUGGUGGAAAGGUACUAUGCAGACAUCAGACAGACCAUCCCCGCCAGUGAUCAAGAGAUGAACUCCAUCCUGGCCGAGCUGUCCCGGAACUACUCUGGAGACCUGGGGGUGCGAGUGGCCCUGCACGAACUCUACAAGUAUAUCAACAAAUACUAUGACCAGAUCAUCACUGCCCUGGAGGAAGAUGGCACGGCCCAGAAGAUGCAGCUGGGCUAUCGGCUCCAGCAGAUCGCAGCGGCUGUAGAAAACAAGGUCACAGAUCUGUAGGGACUUGGAGAGCCCCUGGCCUGCUGUGCCUCAGCCCCGCCUGGGCAGCCCCGGAACCACGAGGGAGAGACCACCUUCUUAGAUGCCUGUAGUGCCUGCCCAGCGGAGUUAGUGGAAGGUGGCUCCAAGUCUCCUGGUGGCUCUGGCCUGGGCCCUGCUGGACAUCUCGCAGGCGUGGGGCCUUGAGGCUGAUGGAGUGGUGACCCUGAGGCCAGUGACCCUGCGGGCUACUUUCUGUGUGAUGUUAGUCUGAGGGAAACGGGGGACUAAGGGCUUCCAGAGAGUGGCUGGAAGGGCCUCCAGCCCCUGGGGAGACUGUACUGCUCCUGAACACUGGCCUUUAUCCCAGGGGAUUCAGAGAGGAAGGAGGAGAGCCCCCACUUCCUGUCCCGCCCUCCUCCUCCACCAUCCCUGACCUCAUUAGCCGCCACUGGCCAUGUUGCUGCUGCCAUUUUCCUAGGUCCGAGAGAUGAAUGCCUUUACUAGGCUGCUGCAAACUGACCUCUCAGCAGGGCUGGCUGCUUCUGGGCCACCCUGCCACCGAGGCAGCCAGGAGUGAGGGGUGUCUGCUGCAGGGGGGCCUCGGGGAGAAUGGUGGCCCUAGUGACCUGGCUCUUCAUUAAAGGAUAACACACUG